CGGGGCUUUCUCCGGAGCCGUCGGAGGGAGCCGGAGCGCUUCUCCAGAGGUAAUCGCAGCUGCGGGGCGGCCCUCUGCCCCUCCGCGGCUGGUGCCGACGAGCCAGUUGGUGAUCGAUUAGUGGUGGUCCAACAUGCAGAAGUGAGUGAGUGAUGAAGAGCAGCAGAGCUGAUGGGUUAUGAGGAUGUAAGUGUGUUUGAAGGCUCUCACACCCUCUACUCCAGGACAGAAUCAUGAAUAAACUGGAGGACAAGCAGGACCAGAUGAUACCAUGAAGAGAAGUUUACAGGCCCUCUAUUGCCAACUGUUAAGCUUCCUCCUGAUCUUGGCACUGACCGAAGCACUGGUAUUUGCCAUCCAGGAACCAUCUCCCAGAGAAUCUCUUCAGGUCCUCCCCUCAGGCACCACCCCAGGCACCAUGGUGACAGCAUCCCUCAGCUCUACCAGACACUCAUCCAUGGCAACUGCCCCCACUUCUGUGGUGACACUGACCCCCCAUCCGGAUGGACCCUCCUCACAGGCUGCAGCUCCCAUGGCAAUGACAGCACCCCAUCCAGAUGGACACCCUCCUACAAACACCAUCUCCACCAUCAUGGCGACAGCAGCCAUCCCACAUCCUGAAGGCCCCCUGCCCACAGGCCCCCUUCCUGCUGCCAUGGCAACCACACCUUCCCACUCAGAGGGCCGCCCCCAGGGGGAGGCUGCACCCACAAUCCUGCUGACAAAGCCAACAGGAGACACCAGCUAUCCCAGCACAGCACCCACUCGGGCUACCACGCGCAGGCCUCCCAGGCCCCCAGGCUCUUCCCGAAAGGGGGCUAGCAGUUCAUCACGCUCUGUCCUGCCUGCACCUGGUGGCCACUCUGGGAGGAAAGAAGGCCAGCGGGGACGAAAUCAGAGCUCCACACAUCUGGGGCAGAAGCGCCCCCUGGGGAAAAUCUUUCAGAUCUACAAAGGCAACUUUACAGGGUCCGUAGAAGCUGACCCCUCCACCCUCGCCCCCAGGAACCCACUCUGGGGUUCUUCCUCACCACAGCCCCAGACAGUGGCCAUAACCAUGGCGCCCAGCAGGACCUCGUGGGCACCACCCACCAACCCCCUUGUGCCUGCAGAGGACAAGCCAGGCCUUAGCAGAGCAAACCAGGGGGGUGGUUCCACUUUCACCAGCCAAGGAGGGGAGCCGGACACCACAGUAGCCUCGGGUGCCCCUGCCAGCCCACAACCUGCCCCAGUGCCUUCUCAGCGCCCCCGCGGUGACCCACAGGAUGGCCCCAGCCACAGUGACUCCUGGCUUACUGUCACCCCUGGCACCAACAGACCUCCAUCUACCAGCUAUGGGGUCUUCACGGCCACCGCGGGGCCCACCCAGGCUGCCUUCAAUGCCAGUGUCUCAGCCCCUUCCAAGGGGAUUCCUCAGGGAACAUCCUCAACCUCGCAGGCCCCAGUCCACCCCACCAGGGGCUCAGAAAGCACUGUUUUCCAAGCCAAGGAAGAGGCUACAGCCACCCCCACCAUGACCAACAGGUUGCCCAGUCCUCUCUCCACAGUGGUGUCCACAGCCACAGGAAACUUCCUCAACCGCCUGGUUCCUGCUGGGACCUGGAAGCCUGGAACAGCAGGGAAUAUCUCCCAUGUGGCCGAAGGGGACAAACCCCAGCACAGAGCCACCAUCUGCCUGAGCAAGAUGGACAUCGCCUGGGUGAUCCUGGCCAUCAGCGUGCCCAUCUCCUCCUGCUCCGUCUUGCUGACAGUGUGCUGCCUGCGGAGGAAGAAGAAGACGGCCAACCCGGAGAACAAUCUGAGCUACUGGAACAAUGCCAUCACCAUGGACUACUUCAACAAGCAUGCUGUGGAGUUACCAAGGGAAAUCCAGUCCCUCGAAACCUCUGAGGGCCAGCUCUCAGAGCCCCGCUCCCCAGCCAACGGCGACUACAGAGACACUGGGAUGGUCCUUGUUAACCCCUUCUGCCAAGAAACGCUAUUCGUGGGAAACGACCAAGUAUCGGAGAUCUAACAGCAGCAGCCCUCGCUUCGCCGUUCCCUGCUAUUCGUCUCUAAAUUAUAAAUAUUCAAAUAUAUAUUAUAAAUAUAAUCUUUGUGUAACCCUGACUUAAUGAGAAACAUUUUCAGCUUUUUCUCCCCCUAAGAAUUGUCAACAUCUUUUUUAUAAGUGUGGUUUAAAAAAAAAAAAAAAAACCUUUACAGAACGAUCCGUGGCUUUAUAAAAUAAAGGUAUUUCUAAGCAAAGCAGUUGCAUUGAUUGCUUCUCUUAAUAACUGUCCUUGAGCACUUGGGGGUCCCAGCAGCCCCAGGCAGGUGAGGGAAGAGGCAGACCUGUAGAGGUGCAGUGUUAAAAUGGCCAAGAGCACGGCCCUUUGAGUGUUUCUUAAAGUUCUGGUUCCUCUUGAUUCAGUGGGACCCCCACCCUUCCCCCUCCACGUACACAUCAGCAAAGGCAAGUGGGCCACCCUGGGAGAAGCAGCAGACUUGUGCACAGAGCAGGAAAGGGGAACACCUGGCCGCCUCAGCGGAUGAGCGUCCUGCACCCGCGCAAUGGCACCAUUGGCUGUCAAGUGUAAUUCCAUCAGAGUUAAGGACCGCAGGCAGGAGCAUGCAGCCCUCAGGAGCCUGGAGGACAUCAUGGGCAUUCUGUCAAGGCCACAUCCCCCUAACGUCCCACAACAAGGAGCUUCCACUGUGCUAACAGCAGGACUGCCUUGCCCUGGCGGAAAAUAAGCCCCCUCCCCCACUUACGCACAGUCCUGCAUCCUCUCCAACAUUCACAUCUGCUUUAAAACUCGUGCCUUUCUCUAGAGAUGAUUCAGAUGUGGAUCCUAGCCCUGGAGCUUUGGAAUGUUUGCUGUCCUUCAAGGACCAAAUGUUUAUUGGGUUCAACUUUGUUUUCUCAAAAAACAUCGCACCAUGCCCCUGAGGAACGUGUUUAUCAAGUGGCCUUGAAGCAUGGGGCUGUAAUUCUCUAAACCCUCCGGCGAUCUUGAAUGAGAUUACUAAAGUGGAUCGCUUAGGAGAAGACAUCCUGAUAUCUGCCCUGGUGCCGCAGACCUGCUUGUGGGUCAGCAGACAGGCUUGCCAUCCCGCUCGCAUGCUCCAGGCUCCCCUGGCCCGUCCACACCCAGGAGGGCUCAGACCCGCAGGGACGCAGCAGGGGCUUCCACAGAUGGCUGCUUCUCCCUGUUUCCCUAACAGAGAGUGGUUGGGAGAGAAGAUAACUGCUUUGACUCUUUAUCUAAAAGAAAAUUAGUUUGCUAGUAUAUUUUCAAUAUAGAUGUUCUUAUAGUCAGAUUGAGAAUUGAACUUGAAUGUUGAUUCGUAUGUUCGUGUUGUUGCUGUGGUCUUUUUAUCAUCACUUUUUCCUUUCCUCCGACCUUUCCUUCUUUUAAAAGAAAAAAGAUGGCCUUCAAAAAUGUGUGUUCUCAAUGUUGUAUGAACCUACUUAACAUGAGUUGGUGGAUGUCUCUCUUUAAAGACUCUUCAGUCCACAAGGAAGCAGGUUUUAUGUUGCUCUGAGAUUCAUUUGCCAGCGUGCUGCUGUAUGACCUUUUAACCUUACAUUUCUGUUAGCUAUUGCAUUUAAUAUAGCAAUGUGUGUGCGUAUAUAUAGAAAGAAAUCUGUUUGUAAAGUAAAAUUAUAUAUAAUAUAUGUAGUCAAAGAUACAUAUGUUAUAUAUACCUAUGUGGAUGUAUGACUUAUUUUUCCUUAUCCACAGAA